AUGAUGGGCAGAUUGUGGUGCGAGGCCACUUUUGCUGGCUACAAACAAGGCCUCUGAAACCAGAGAGAGCACACUGCCCUGCUGAAAGUGGAAGGCAACUAUUCCCGCAAGGAGACUGAAUUUGACUUGGGGGAAAAAUGUGCCUACGUCUACAAGGCCAAAAACAACACGGUGACUCCCAGGGGGGGGAAACCCAAUCAGACCAGAGUCAUUUGGGGGAAGGUGACCUGUGCCCACAGAAACAGCGACAUAGUGCAAGCCAAAUCCCACUCCAUUGCAAAAGCCGUUGGACACUGUAUCGGAGUGAUGCUGCAUCCAUCCAGAGUCUAA